AUGACAGACUCGUCCCUAAGCGAUAAAGCAAAAAAGCUGCUAGACGAACUUGCGAAAGCUCUCUCUAGCUUAGAGUCUCAAGAUGAUGGGAAAGGAAAUCUAAAAUUCGAUCACGAACAAGUCUCCCCUUUCGUCGAGCCUCUUCUCGAAGCAGUUGGCCUUAAGGGUUGGAAAUUCACGGUGUGGAUGUGGCACACAUCUUUCAAAUGGGAGAAGUUACCUGCCCCUGUCAAUAUUAUUCCCAUUUGCAACAUAUCGGACUCGGCGAGAAGCGAACCAGGAGGAGCUUUCAAGUAUGGCGUGAUGAGACGAACCGAUGGAAAGGUUACCGUUGUGCCAAGACUCGCGGCCAUUUUUGCGGUACCCCCUAUCUCAAGUUGA